AUGUUCUCCCCGCGAAGAGGGAGGAAGAACAACACCAGCGAGAUUGCGUGCAUCUUCGUCCAUGCCGGCGCAGGCUACCACAGCAUCCAGAACGAGCACGUGCAUCUGGCCGCCUGUAAUGAGUAUGCCAUACCCAAACAGCAUGACGCGAAGAUUGCUGACUGUACUGCCAGUGCCGCCAGGACCGCGAUGAGAUGCUUGCAGAACGGUGGCUCGGCUGUGGAUGCGGUGGAGUUGGCAGUGAGGAUAUUGGAGGACCGCGAGAUCACGAAUGCAGGUUACGGCAGCAACCUUGCAGUGGACGGCGUCGUUGAAUGCGAUGCGGUGGUUGUGGAUCAUAAUGGACGCAGCGGUGGAGCGGGAGCUGUUGCUCAAAUCAAGAAUCCCAUCUCGCUGGCACGCCUGCUUCUUGACCAUUCUGGGCAGCCUCUAUCCCUCCGACGCGUCCCACCAAAUUUCCUGGUUGGACAAGGUGCGACAGACUUUGCGUUCGAGCACGGAAUGUCGAUCAUGCCUCUCGACUCCCUGGUGUCUCCAGCCGCAAGAGAGCGUUGGCGUCAGUGGCGAGACGACCUCGAGCGAGCGGAGCACAACAGGCGUCGUGAGGAUGCUGCGCGAUAUGGCAUGUCUCCUCCACCUUCGCAAUCAGAUCUCGUCCAAUACUAUGCUCAGCAGAGCGAAACCGAACAAGCGAGGAGGACUCACACAAAAGCGAUGAGGUCAGCCCUCAGCAACGAAGCACAGCCUGUGUCUCCACCGCCCUCGGAUCCAAGAGAGGUGCCGGAAGACUCCUCAUCAGCAUCACAUUCUAACUCUUCCAGCUCCAUGCUCGCAAAACCAUCGAGCAACACCACCCCCGACCAUCAGCGAGAAGCUGUCGACCCCACAGGACCUUCCGGCUUUUUCAUGAAUCCAUCCGUGAACCCGUCCUCGAACAGCAGUCAGAAGAUUUCUACAACUCCAAUUGGUCUGCUGGGGUCCAACAGGAACUCUAACGGAGGCUUUCUGGACGAUGAAUGGUAUGGUCCUGAGCUUGAGUUCGACUUUGAUGAGCCACGGACUCCACCAUAUGAGCAUUCGGGAGUACCUUUACACGCCCAAAGCUGGCAUGAUGGCUCCUCAGGCUCAGGCUCCAACUUUACUACUAUCAACAUGAAAAGCCCGCGGCACGCGCGUGGUCCUAGCCGUGCCGACAGAGGCGGUCUCCACGAUGCUACUCUGUUCCCGCUUCCAGGUCCGCCACCUGACGCAGACAUGGAUCUCACCACGCCGAAAGCUCAGCCUUUCUCAGACGAUAGCCAAAAUAGCCCCCCGCUUCCUCACAAGCCAGAGCUUUCGGAAGACGCGCAACUAGAUGGCGGCGAUCACGUCACAGACACAGUCGGUGCCAUCGCCAUCGAUCUGUACGGCAACAUCGCAUGUGGUGCGUCCUCUGGCGGCAUCGGCAUGAAACACCGCGGUCGCGUUGGGCCAGCAGCACUCGUCGGCGUAGGCGCAGCUAUCAAGCCAGAAGAUCCAGAUGACGUCGAACACACCAGCGUCGCCACCGUCACCAGCGGCACCGGCGAGCACAUGAGCACCACGACAGCGGCUAGCGUCUGCUCCGAGCGCAUCUACCACAACUUCCGCAAGCUGCCCGGCGGUAGGUACGGCGACUGCAUGGAGGAAGAGGCGAUCAAGGGCUUCAUCCAGAAGGACUUCAUGGGCCAUCCGAGCGUCACUCAAUCGCACUCCGCCGGCGCCAUCGGCGUGCUGUCGGUGAAGAAGACGAAGGAUGGCGCCUACCUCUUCUACGGCCAUAACACCGACUCGUUUGCGAUAGCGUCGAUGCAUUCGAACGAGGCGCAGCCGGUGUGCACGAUGAGCCGGAACAAGGGCAAUGGGCAUGUUGCUCAAGGUGGGAGGUCGAUCAGGAAUAUGAAGAGGAAGGCAUGA